ACGUGGGCACCGCUCGGCUCCAGCCAAGCUGCUUUUCGGGUGGGUCCGCUGGCGUCACGCUUAUUGCUCCCGGUCGCCAGCAGCAACGGCCACAAACAGAGCUCCUGCCGACCCCCUCAGCUCUCCUCUCCGUCCGCCCACGGCCCACCCUUCUUCCCCUCCUCCUUCUCCGGCGUUUUAGCGCCACACCCAACUUGCCCUCCCGCCUAGACCCACCCAACCCGGGCGCUUCUCGUCUUCUCGGUCCGACGAGGAGCAUCUUUUGCUAGCUCGCCUCGCCCCGCGCGAGGAGGUUCCGUCGGUGCAGACUCUCCGUCCGCCCGCCCUACCGCCUUGGAAGUUCCUUCAUCAAGUGUAUGUACAUCUUUGAAUGUAUUUUGCAAGAUUUUGAUGUCCAACAGUUGCUAUCACAGGACAUAGGCAUCUGGCUGAUCUGUGCACAAUGCCAGUAACCCGCUCAAAAUCGGUGGGCAACACCAGCGCCCUGACCUCUACGCUGGGCAUUGUUCGCCUCCUGGAAGCCCUUUUCACCUGUGUGGCCUUCAGCUUAGUGGCCAACCGGAACGCCUGGAAUGGCCGCAAUGGGGACUGGUGCAUGUUCUCCUGGUGCUUCUGCUUUGCCAUCACCAUUGUCAUCUUGGUGGUCGAGUUUGCUGGCCUUCAGCAUCGCAUGCCGGUCUCUUGGAAGAACUUCCCCAUCACUUUCGCCAUGUAUGCUACUCUGAUGUGUCUCUCUGCUUCCAUCAUCUACCCGAUGCUCUUCAUUUGGCAUCAGAAUUUUUCUAAUGAUGAACGGGGAUACCGCAUUUCUGCCACUGUGUUUUCUUGCCUAGCCUGUAUAGCUUACCUCACCGAGGUCAGCAUAACCAGAGCUAAGCCAGGAGAAGUGACCGGCUACAUGGCAACAGUCCCAGGAUUGCUGAAGGUGGUGGAGACGUUCAUUGCCUGCAUCAUCUUUGUCUUCAUAAGUGAACCACCUCUUUAUGACCACCCAGAAGCUCCUAAGUGGUGCAUGGCGGUCUAUUGCAUCUGUUUCAUCCUAUCCCUUGUGGUGAUUAUCCUCUGCAUUGGUGAAUGCACUGGCUGGUUGCCAUGUCCAUUCAACAAAUUCCUCAGUGGCUACACUUUAUUGGCUGUGCUCAUGUAUGCCACCGCCACAAUUAUUUGGCCUAUCUACAAGUUUGACAGAAAACAUGGGGGACAGCCAUCUCGACCCUCAUACUGUAGAAGUCCCAACCUCUGUGACUGGGACAAGAAUCUUACUAUAGCUGUUCUAACCGCUGUCAAUCUGCUGGUGUACCUUGGUGACCUGGUGUAUUCUACACGGCUGAUAUUUAUCCAGGGGUAGACAGUGGCUGGCAGUAAGGCGAAUCAAGGCAGCAGUGCUCAAAA